AUGCAAGAUCGCUCCUGCUACAAACUGACUCAGGAAGGAGAACGUCUUUUUCGUAUGCAAAAGUAUGAGCAAGGAAUUGAUCUGUUGAAAAAGGCGUUGGAAGUAGGAACAGAUGAUUUCUCGCUACUAUCUGCCAUCUACUGUCAGUUGGGAAAUGCGCACACAAUGCUCAAAGACUACGAGCAAGCUUUGAAAUUUCAUACAUAUGAUAUUCUUGUUGAAAGGUUGAUUGGAAACAAGCCAGGAGAGGCGAAAUCGUGUGCGAAUCUGGGCAACAUCUUCAAAAUGAAGGGAGCCUACAACGACGCGCUCACCUUCACAUUCAAGCAACUGGAUUUCGCCGAAGAGCUCGGGGAUAAAGUUCUCAAAUCCCGUGCAUAUUACAACAUUGCCACCAUCUAUGUUGAACGAGGACGAUGUACCAAGUUGGAAGCCGCCGAGGAACGGAACGACGCCAAAAACGACGAGGCCCAGUCGGACUUUGAGAACGCUGCCAAAUAUUUCAAGUUGAAUCUCGAAGUCGCAGAGGCUCUGGAUGAUCCACUUACGAUGGGCAGAUGCUACGGGAGUCUAGGAAACACUUUCUAUUGUCUUGGAGACUAUGAUCAAUCCAUUGAAUUUCAUAAACGUAGAUUGGAAUUGUCACAACAAUACGGAGAUCGUGCAUCAAUGCGACGGGCACACGCGAAUAUCGCAAAUUGUCAUGCGUUGAAAUCGAACAUGCCUCUGGCUAUUCAGCAUUAUAAACUCGCUUACAACCUGGCUACAGAAAUCGGAAAUAAAACCGAGGAGGCUCAAAUGGCCUACUCGUUGGCCAACGCUCUCUACAUUGGAAAAGAAGUCCAGAAAGCAAUCACAUACUUCCAACGUCAUCUCAAAAUCGCCAGAAGCUUAGAGGACAUCUCCGGACAGCUUCGAUCGUGUUACUCACUUGCUUUGUCAUUUAACAAUCUGUGUGAACGUCGCAAGGCACUCUACUACUUGGUUCUCGCCAAACGGAAUUCACUUCAGGUUAACGACACGAGUGCCAUCCUUGACAUUGAUAAUUUGCUGCACGAAAUUCUGGAGGCCGGACAAGAAAACGUGCUUAUCGACGAUAUCGAGCUCAUAAUCGACCAGUCAGCCGAUCCGGCUCCCGCCGAAAUUGAGCACCGCGAGCUUCGACUUACAUUCUUCCAGAAGAGAAAUAUCAACGACAGACCAGUUAAUACGCCCGAGGAUCCACUCGCUGAGGAUCGGUACGAGAAGGAGGAGUUCUUCGAUAUGCUAGCAAAGUUGCAGUCAAAAAGGAUGAACGAUCAACGAGUAGAUGCAUCGGUUCUCAACGCGAACAUCGACUUCAGAGUCCGCCAAACCGACACAGAGCCCGACAACUCGUCGACAGACGGGUCCGAAGUUCUAAUCGACUUGAUUCUGAACGCUCAAGAACGCAGAAUGGACGACCAGAGAGCCCCAUUCUUGCCAGGCCUUAAUCCCAACGGACAAAUCAUACUUCGCCGUCUCAACACCGAUCAAGGAAACGAGGAGCUUGACGACCAUUUGGUUGAGUGGCUGAUGCGUGUGCAAAGCCAACGACUCGACGAGCAGCGCAGCGAGCUGCCACCAAUCAAACCGGAAGGACAGGAAGAACUCGAUAAAAAGAAAGAAGAAGACGUGACCGCCAUUGUAAUGCGUAUGCAAGCCGGUCGCCUUGAAGACCAAAGAGCUCACCUGCCCACCAUUCCGACUUCUAAGAACUAG